AUGGCUCAACACUAUAAAUACCGGCUCAAUUCCUCCACUGAAAACCGCACCGAAACCACCCACCUUUCUCUAUCUUUCACCCCCUGUUUAGACCGGAUACUCACCGCCCUUCGCCGGAGUUCCGCCGCUGCCUUGCCGGAACCACCAGAGAAGCCGACGCCGCCGGGUAAUCUCCUUGCGCUCGUUUACAAUUCUCUUGGACAAACUCUUGCUCUUAUUCUUUACCAAGAAACGCAACGCAAUCUAAGGUUGAUUAGUACAAGACUCAAGAAACAAGCUAGGAUGGCUUUAGAUACCCAUUUUAGCAAUUAAACAAUGUUUGAAUCUAUGUUUACUAUUUGAAACAAUGUAUUAUUCUUUAGUUUUAAUAAAAUAAUUGAAUUCAUAUUGUU